CCCUCACAUUCCACCUCACCAAGUCAAGGCGCAAAGUUACUCUCCUGUUGCGCCCUUAUGCUAUGCAAGGGCGCCCGCCACCGAUCGCGACCCACCACAUUGACCUGAGCGACCAUUCUCCCUCCUCUGCAAUUGCCAAGCUCAGUCAGCUCGAAAACGAUGAGUACCAUCCACUGCGGGUGAGCAAGUUGACCCUCCUCGGUUGGGGGGAUGAGGUGGCGGAGCUUUGUGACUGGCUGGCAGAGGAGAUGAGAAAGCAUCCUUGGGGAUGGAACGCGAAGGAGGGCAGCAGCAGGGAGAAGCCCAACCGCUUGCCCAUCCGCACCUUCUCCCUCUCCAACUACAACUGCACCGCCGUAGGAUACGAUGCCAUUGCCCGCUUGGUGGAGAAGCAUGGCUCUCUCACCACACUUGAGCUAGUAAUGAAUUCCUCGCGGACAGUCCCCGACCUUCGUCGCUUGACGUCGAGCAUCUCCCUUUCUCUGCUACGGACAGUCACUCUCUCAUCUACCAAACUUACCCCGCAGGCAUUUUGCGACUUUAUUGACGGCCUCGAUGCGCCCUGCCUACGCGAGCUGAGGAUGAGCUUGACGCUGACGGGAGCAGAGGUGAAGAGAGAGGAUUCCUUACGAGCUGCUGCGAGUGUAGCGCAUCUCGUUCGGAGCAGCAAUGAGACUAACGCACAUUCUCAAGACGAUUCGACUACUGCAUCCUCACGCCGCGGCUGUGCUCCUCAACUCGAGCUUCUCACCCUUAAUGGGUGCGCCCUUACUCUUCGCGGGGUCCGCAUGAUUGUCGCCGCCGCCAUUGGAGGGUCACACUCCACGCCGAACAGAAGCUUGACGCACGUCGAGCUGUUCGCUACUUCUCAGCCGGGGGAGGUGGACUCGGAUCAAGAAGGAGAGGGUAGCGAGGUUCAGACCGGGCAAGGUACUGAAAGGAGAAGGAGGACGGUCAGCAUCGGCCGUAGCUUCGUUGAGGCGCGAAGAGCCAGAAGGAGGGACGAGAGGGAAGGGAUGCCAAGCGUUGAUGUCGCUACCAGCAGCUCCUCCUCAACAGGCUCCACUCGCCCGCAUCCAACGAACAAUAGCGCAUCUCCCAGUGCUCGCCAGCACCCCAUUCUCACACCGGGAGAUCCCCGCUGCUAUCGCCACAUCUCAUCCGCUAAUUGGCGCUCCGCCCUCAACGCCCACCUCUGGCAGAACGUCCAAGACAGGUCAGCUGUGAUAGCUGCCGCUACUCUGCUCUUGGCUAAGGCCAGGGUAUUGGGGUGUCGGUCACAGCUCAGCUAUCCUGAGGACAAAAUUACAGACACGAUGGACUUGACUGCCCUACCCCCAGAGAUCAGACUCGAGGUGCUCCGCGCCUUGGACGACGAGCACGUCCUCUCGGAAGGGCAGUUCAGACGUGUAGUAGCAUGGGCGUGCGAUCCCUCUACGAUAGGCUACGGCAGGCACACCUGGCGACCUCCAACACUAUCGCCCGACGAACGAGCCGACGACCGCGCAGGGCAGGGCCUUAUACCCACGCAGCCCCACGACUGGCCUACCACCCUCUCACGGUCUCCUCCGCGCGACUGGGCGGCAGAAGCGUACGACGACUGGUCCGUGGCGAAGAGCCACGCAUUGUUGCCUUUGCCUGACCCGCUUGAAGAAGGGCAGAAUAGGAGAGAGACGAAGCGCGCCCCUCCUCCUGGUGGUGAGGAGCGAUGCCAAGGCAUCGCGGAUGCUGCCUUCCUGGCCUUCUUGGAGGGGACGCGGGUGAGAUUUCGAGAGGACCAUUGA